GCGGGGUUCGCGCAGCGUGUGCACGGCCGGUACGUUCCCCGUCUGCUUUCAAUGUUCUAUUAUAACAUCCCCCCGUGCGAUCGAUCCGGUACGAUCAGUACGCGCUCAACCGUUGCCCACUGCGCACCGCACACGGUGCGGCUGACAAGACCAGACCAGACGACGGUGGGGAGUUUAGACAAACCCAUCUUUGCUCGGUGUUCGGACGGGACGGAGAUGCACAUGCAUUUGCAAACGAGCAUCUUAUCGAGCAAAAGUGUAUGUGUGAGUGUACGCGCGUGCUAUAAAGUGAUUCUGAAGUGAUUGGAAGCAUCUCAGCGCGAUCGUCUGUGCAAAGCUGGAGAGAUGCUUAUCGAUUUUUAUGUGCAAUAGAAGUGCAAUAAACACGCAGCUGCAGUUUUUGACCCGGUUGUUCUCACAGGCUCAUGUUCUACAGCACGAUCCGCAAGCGAUUUUAACAUCAACUAGUCUCCAGCUCAACGCCAACAAUCGAUUAUAGGUGCUCUCGUAUUAAUUAGUGAUCAGCCUACUGCACUGUUUCCCUUCGCGACUCUCACUUUACAAGUGCUGUGUGUAUGUGCGUGCGUGUAAGUGUGUGUGUGUUAAAUGCUUUCCAGCAGUAAGUUUUGUUAAAGGUGACUGAGAAAUGAUUGUUAUUAAUUGGCCAGCCAAGUGGUGAAUUCGUUUGGUUGCACACAACGACUUCGCAUUAAGUUAUUAAAGCAAGCGACGAACAGGAAAUAGCUUUCGGGUAUCAACUACCUAUCCAGGUUCCAUCGAGCACGUGUGCAGUUUGGGGCGCAGCAGAAGAGAAAGCUGUUCGGUCAUCCUUAAAAGCGGUUGACACUUUUCGUCUAGCGGUGCACAGCCCAUAGCGCGGGAAAAGGAACAAACAUGCAGCUUACAGUAAGAUGCACAAUAGCGUACCUCUUUGCGGGGAUUGUUUCGUUGCUGUCGGUCGACCAAUCACGCGGCGACGAGUGUGUCAGUAUGAAGCGUGAUCGCCAUCGAACGCUUAUGGAAGAGUACCGCCAUUCGCCCAACUGGGACGGCUUCCUAACGGAGGACACGCUAAACCUUCGCCAAAAUGAAACGGAGGUCGAUCUGUCCCGGCAGGGCUUCAAGGAGGUGCACUGGCAUCUGAGCAGCAUCGUCGGCGAUGGGUACGAGAUAUUCGAGCUAAACCUGGCGUUCAACAAUCUGGAGGAGCUGAACGAGCUAACCUUCCUGAAGUUCUACUCGCUGGAAACGCUCAACCUGUCCAACAACCGGCUGCAGACGAUCAGCAACCUUACGUUCGGUUCGCUGAUACGGCUGGUCGAGCUGGACCUUUCCUUCAAUCUGAUUCACACCCUCGAACGGCAAGCGUUCGAUCGGCUGUACGCGCUCGAGUCGUUGAGCCUGCGGGAAAACUGCCUAGUAACGCUCGCACCCAACCAAUUUCAUUUCAACGAUCACCUCUCGUCGGUGCUGCUCGAUCACAAUCAGCUCGCCUUUCUGCCCCCGAUCCUGUUCGAUCCGAUCACAAUGGUGGACGAGAUCUACGAGCUCGAUCUGUCCGACAACAACUUCCGCCGGAUGCCGUACAUUGAGACGAAGGAGAUCGCCCUGCUGAAGAUCGACAACAAUCACAUCGAAACGCUCACCGUCAACAAAUCGUUCAAUGUGCGCGCGCUUCAGAUCCAGCACAACAACAUCUACGAUGCGGACCUGUUCAAGUUUAACCGGGCCGAACACAUCGACCUGUCGCACAACAACCUGGACAACAUCGUCGGGCUGCACGAGAUGAACCAGCUCGAGUAUCUGGACCUUUCCUCGAACAAUGUGUCCAAGUUCGACUACAACCUUAAGUACUCGAUACGCAACAUUCCCAGCCUGGUGACGCUGCGGCUGCAGAACUGCAGCCUAAGCGAGCACAACAUCGGUGGCCUGCUGGCGUCGGACUCGAUCCUCAAUCUCGACCUGUCGCAGAACAACUUUGUGCGGCUGAACGUGAGCGAUCUGUCGCGGAUGCGCUCGCUCCAGUAUCUGAGCCUUAACUUCAACUAUCUGCGCGAGCUGAUCAGCUACGAGCGGUUGGGGCAUGAGUUUCCGUUCCUCGAGUUGGUGUCGCUGUCGUUCAACCGCUGGAACUGCACCUACUACGAUCAGCUGAAUGCGUACCUUAACCGCACGCACAUCCGUUCGACGAGCGAUCCGCGCGAUUGCUACAUCAACGGUACGCACGUGACCGACUCCUACGUUACGGAUGCGUUCGAGCCGCAGUACACGAUGAACCACAUCAAGCGGGACAUGACCGUGCUGCGCAAUCUCGGCCGCAACACGAUCUACUUCAUGUACGCGCUCUUCUCCACGAUCCGGGGGCAGGGAAAUGAGACGGCGCUGCAUCAGCAGCGGCUCGACGGCCAGCUGCACGAUCUGGAGCGGGAUGUAGACCGAUUGCUCGGUAUGCUAGCGUUCCUGGUGGCCAUCUUUGCGACCGUGCUGUUCGUGGCCGUGGUGUACGGUGGCUGGCGGUUGGUGCGCAAGUGGCAGCACGAUCGCACGGUGAAGGUGGUGACGUACAACAAGCGCGCGAACGAGUUCAGCAACGGCGUUACGGUUAACGACGUAAUACGCGAUAACUCGACGGCUUAGAACAUUGGUAGCA